AUGGCGGAGCCCUGUGCUCAGCUCGUGGAUGCCGGCUCAGCCUGCAGUGAAAUUGGGAAGAUUGACCAAGAUAUAUAUAAAUACAAUACCCCAGGAUUCACUGGCUGCCUGUCGAGAGUACAGUUCAACCAGAUUGCUCCACUCAAAGCGGCUCUGAGACCUACCAACGCCUCCUCUCACGUCCACAUCCAAGGAGAACUGGUGGAAUCCAACUGUGGAGCAUCUCCACUCACCAUCCCACCAAUGUCGGCCGCUACCGACCCGUGGCACUUAGACUCAGCCAGUGCCGAUUUCCCAUACAAUGGUCAAGCUAUAGGAGAUGGAGUUAACAGAAACUCUGCCAUUAUUGGAGGUGUCAUCGCAGUGGUGAUCUUCACUAUCCUCUGCACCUUGGUGUUCCUGAUCCGCUACAUGUUUCGCCACAAGGGAACAUACCACACCAACGAGGCUAAAGGUGCAGAGUCAGCUGAGAGCGCCGAUGCCGCCAUCAUGAACAAUGACCCCAACUUCACGGAGACCAUCGACGAGAGCAAGAAGGAAUGGCUUAUCUAA